GGAAGGAGGGGGGCGGUGGACUGCAGCUUUUAGAAACAGACACACUGAGAAGAGGGGUUUCAGUCUCAGCCCAAAGCUUCUAACAGGCACAUCCCAUUCUUGAAGAGAGGGGGACCGAGAGACACUCGCCGUGUCCAUGUUUUUUCCUGUCAUCCCCGGACGAAUCUGACUGUACCCCUCAGACUUUACCAGAAACGCUUCUCCAUAUCGAGGAAUUUACACUGCAGUUUCACCAGAGGACACUGGAGGAGACGCAACCACUAAUGCUUGCGUUCCCUUAAAUAUGUAGCUAACAAAUAUUAACUGAACGACUGAUUACGCUAACGUUCCUGCGUAAAAGAUUUUUUGAGAGACUAGUGCAGGACAUGAUCUGCACCUGACCAGCCUCGUGUCUUCAUUGAAUGGACUGAUCAGCACGAGAUAAAGUUCGUCGCUCGCUGAAGAACUUCUCCUGUACCCUGGCAUCGGAAGCACUGUGCUUUGAACGGAUAGCGAUCUUUAUUAAUUCCAAUUAUAGCUACAUAAUCAAGGCGAGACGGCGACCUCAGUCGAUUAUCUUUCCUUCCUUUGCUAUCCCAUGGAUAUUCACUGCAAAGCAGACCCCUUCUCGGCGAUGCACCUAUCCCAUAUAGGGCACGGCGGUGUGAACCAGCUAGGAGGGGUGUUUGUGAAUGGCAGACCCCUACCUGACGUGGUCAGGCAAAGAAUCGUGGAGCUCGCGCACCAAGGAGUCAGACCUUGUGACAUCUCAAGACAACUACGGGUCAGCCAUGGCUGUGUCAGCAAAAUUCUCGGAAGCUAUCAAAAGGAUCUUAUAAGAUAUUAUGAAACCGGCAGUAUUAAACCUGGAGUUAUUGGGGGGUCCAAACCAAAAGUGGCGACGCCCAAAGUUGUGGAUAAAAUCGCAGAAUACAAGCGGCAGAAUCCCACAAUGUUCGCUUGGGAGAUCAGGGACCGACUCCUGGCCGAGGGCGUUUGUGACAACGACACAGUACCAAGUGUUUCAUCUAUAAACAGGAUAAUUCGAACCAAAGUUCAGCAGCCUUUCCACCCAUCCUCCGACGGCACAGGAACGCCUCUCACCACAGCGGGACACACUAUAGGUGAUCUUGAGAGCACUCCAUAUACGUUAACCUAUUCCUGUGCUCUUUCAGUGCCCAGCACAGCCUCCCCACCUGUGUCAAGCGCUUCCAAUGACCCCGUGGGGUCCUACUCUAUUAAUGGCAUCCUAGGAAUCCCUCGCUCCAACGGCGAAAAGAGAAAACGCGAUGAUGUUCUCUGGAGUGGCAACCACUUGGAUGGGAGGAAAAUAGGAUAUUAUGGUUCAGAUGGCUCUGGCCCAAACAGUGAUUCUCAGGGUAGUGUGGAGAGUUUACGGAAGCACCUGAGGGCCGAUGCCUUCACUCAACAACAGCUGGAGGCUCUGGAUCGGGUGUUUGAGCGGCCGUCAUACCCCGACGUCUUCCCUACGUCAGAACACAUCAAGCCAGAGCAGGCUAAUGAAUACUCGCUACCAGCACUGAACCCUGGACUGGACGAAGUCAAGCCCAGUCUGUCAACCAGCGUCAGCUCAGAUUUGGGCUCCAGCGUGUCACAGAGCUACCCGGUAGUGACAGAGUCACAUUCAUCCUCCGCGUGUGUUAAGCAGGAGCCGCAUGAGGCUUCCCUGGCUCCUUUCACCCCUUCCUCACUGGCAGUCUCGGGCCUAGCGGAACUGUUGCCCCUCCAGCCCAGCGUGUCAGUAGAUGCCUCCACCCCCUGCUACGGUGCCUAUGCCCAUCAUGCCCCCAGCUACAGCCAGUAUGCAAGCCAGCCUAUUAUAGCAGGUCGAGACAUGGCAAGCACAACCCUACCAGGGUACCCACCUCACGUUCCCCCUACUGGGCAGGGCAGCUACCCCACCUCUACACUUGCUGGAAUGGUCCCUGGAAGCGACUUUUCAGGAAAUCCCUACUCUCACCCGCAGUACACAACUUACAAUGAAGCUUGGCGGUUCAGCAACCCCGCGUUAUUAAGUUCCCCUUAUUAUUAUAGUGCCGCAUCCCGGGGCUCCGCCCCUCCCACUGCUGCCACUGCCUAUGACCGCCACUAGUUACCAUGGCAACCCAAUCAAACUGCAGGACCAUGGCCGCGGCCUCCAUAUCGUACCAGUCUGAAUGGCGCUAAGGUCAGAGGGAUUGAAGAUGGCUACGCGGUCUUCAGUUUCAUGGGGCCGAGAUCGGAUUAGGAGGGUCAAGCAACAGCGGGUCCCCCCCCCCCCCCCUCACAUCGACUAUACCCCCACCCCCCCCACGCAACAUCAACACUAAGGCUCUCAUUCUCUAAAUCACUGAACAAUGACUGAACUCUUUCCUGAAAGACUUUGAAAGAUUCUACAAAAAUAUAUAUAUUAUACAAGAUAUAAAACAAGAUGAACCGUGUGAAGAAAUACGAAGUAACAAUUGAUGUGUUGUUGUUUUUUUUUUGUUUUUUUUCUCUCUUUAAAUCAAUCAAUACAUUCCUUUACAUACUGUAUUUAGUAUCACUAACAGAUCACACACACAAGGUUGCCUGAGGCCUUUAAAGUAAUUUGCCCAUGUCCUACACCAUCUCACUAGUGUCUUACCUCUCACGGACAGAACAGCGACGUGUCAGCUGAGCAGAAACCUGCAUUAUUGCUCCAUUUUCUGUCAAACAGACAAGUGUAACAGUCUUAGAAGCCAUCUCUGACUCGUGGUAUGAAAUUACUAACAUUUUCUGUGAUACACAAUCAAAAUGGGGGAAAAGAAAACAGAAAAAAAAAAAAGAUAAAAACAGGUCAGACACUGAAGAAGUUAACUGUUGCUGUAAAUGACCUGAAAAGAAAACCGUAUAUUAAAUUAUUGUUUUGGUUUAGCUGAUGGUUUGUGUGCGUGUGUGCAUUUGUGUGUGUCAUACCUUUUCGGGAUAUUCCAUUUUAUCAUCAUGUGUAAUCUCCAAUAUCAUGAUCGGUGCCGCUCUUUUCUCGUUUGCACUAUUUUGCAUUACUGGAUUUAUAAGUACAAAUGAAUUGCAAUUAUCUUCGACAGUUUGUCAGAAUACAUGUUACAUUUAAGCAAAAAGGUCUACUCCAAUUGACAAAGUAACAGCAACACUGGACAAAAAUUCACUUGCUAUAUGUUAGAAACUAGUAUAUGCCUUUUUUGUCCUUCCGUGUGGAUCAUAAAUGAUUCCUUAAACUUCAAGAACCAUUUUUGUAUCGUGUAACUGAGACAGAACGACUGGCUCAGUACCAAAGUAAUCAUUAGCAGUCAAUUGUACAACAAGUUCAACAAAUGCCUUACAGCUUUUUUUAAUUUAAUUUUUUUUAUGGUUUGGCUAUGGUCCUGAGAGGUAGACAUGCAUGUAACCCCUCUGUGUGGUCGAACAAACGUUUCACCAAAUGUUAACUGAGGAUAGAAAUGGAAAACGGUCCAUCCAUACGCUCCUGGAAAUGUAAAGUGAAUGUACUUUAUACCACGUUUGCCAAAGACUUAGUUUGAUAUUUAAUAUUUUAUUUGCUGUAUCUGUCAAUAAAACAGUAUUAUGUUUUAAUAGUAGUCAAAACUGAUUGUAUGUGGUAAUGUUGAACAAAAAGGAAAAGAUCCAUCUUAGGCCCACAGCAAUGUACACAGAAAAGGUGAAUUCUGUUACUUAAAGGUAUGUCAUUUGCAACAAACUGCUGCUUUGUAGAAUGAUUUGUGUAUAAUGUGAAAACAGUUCUUCUAUGUAUAUAAGAUCAUCUACAUCUCACCAUUGCAGUAUCGUACUAAUUUACUGAUUCCAUUUGUAGAUAUGAGAAUUGAAAGAAAAAGAAAAAAAGAUUGACAUUACAUUUGUGUCUUAAAUGUGUUGUGCUUUGCAGAGACGCACAACAAAAAGUUUGAAACCCGACCUGCGUCGUUCGGUGGGUUUCAGAUGCUAUCACCACAUGUGCGGCUGUUUGUAUGUUUUGUUUCGGUUCACAUUUACUUAACUUGUUCAUACUGUUUAAGUCUCUAUGCAAAUCAAGUAAAAUGGUAUUCUGUAUUCUCCUUUAUUACUGCGUUCAAUUUUACCCUUCAUUUUAAAUGAUCCCUAAAUCCUGUACAGAGGAUAAGCCUGUAGCAAUGAACAAAUACAUUUCACAUGCCUGG